GUCAGUGGCUUUAAUGUCGCGGCCAAAUGUUUGACUCUCCUCGCUUUCUUCCCUCGCUGCAGCUGCUCUUGCGCCUCAGUUUUGACAAAACAGACAGAAAGUACUCAGACAACCCAGCAUAGUUUGACUUUAGUUCUGUUUCAUGCAUAUUCCAAGUGUUAAGUACAAAAUUAAGUCUUGAUACGAAUCAAUUUGCACCGAAACAGACUCGUAAUGCCUUUGGGAAGAGAAGAGGAAACAGGCAAGGAAGUGAACAAAGCACAAUAGUGGCAGAAAAACAGCUUGUUUCGGCGUGCUUUUGCAAGGAGCAACAACAAUGACAACCAGCGGACUCAGAGAUUGAUCCAGCUGAUCUCUCUUUCAUUCAGUUCACAACCUCUGGAAUUGAACUGAGAGAGAGAAAGACUUACGGGGAGGGGGAAAAAAAGGAGGAGAUGAGGGUGAAUGGAGGAGAAAACUGAGGAAGAGUGUGGAAGGGGGACUGUGUGGGCAUAUGUGUGUGGGAGGGGGCGUCUGUGGGACACCGUGGGGUACGAGGCAGCACCCCGCAGUCCCAAGUAAUGGCAGAAUGGAACUUAAUAGGGUAGAAAAAGGCUGGAGGCUGUUAACUCAGAAACGGUCAUUUUGAAUUCCCCAUUCUCUCUUUCUCCAUCACUCCUUUCCCCGUCUUCCAUUUUUCCAUGCACCUUAUAUAUCUGUGACUCUUCCCAUCCAUGUCUGCCUGUGUAAUUUGCCGAUUCUCCCUCUGUCUCGCAGCACCCCUAACCCAUCUCCCACCGUUCGGCUGUUUCCCUUUUUCUUUCCUGCCUCUCUUUCACCUCUUUCCUUCCCUCCUUAGCCUCGCCUCCUCCCAUCUAUCCCUCCCUCCCUCCCUUCCCUCCUCUGUGUCUCCUUGGAGGAGGUGUAAUGAUAGCUAUUUGAGUGUCAUCAGAGGAUCGCUGUAAUGGCUUCUAAAGCACCAUCCCACGGUUGCCACGGUGAACCUGGCACAGCCGCUGUCCCAGAAUAAGGGGAGAUGAAAAAAAAAAAGAAGAAGAAGAAGAAAAAAAAAACAUCUGGUUGGCUAUCGACAGGCGUCACCGUGCCGACAGCAGCAGGAGUGGCGGCACAUCAGCAGACGAUGACGCAGCCCCCAGGGGCCGCAGAGAGUGAGCUAAUGAUGCGUGGGAUAGGAUACAUAUGAGGAGGAAGUACAGUAAUAGUGAUAAUAGUGAUAGUAAUGAAAAUAAUAGCUCUGAUAACAAUAACAGUGUAUGACUUUUUUUGAUUUGUGUGCAGUGUGUCUGUCUUCACCUCCCAUCUCCUUUUAUUUGUAACAGUCUCUGCAGUGUUUUAAGUGUGUGUUUGUGAAUUUGUGGUUGAAUAUAAGACAGGAAAAAGAAAGAAAGGCAGCAUGCAAAUGUGAAGAUGUGAUUUCCAAUUUAUUUCUGUUAUUUUAAAGAUCAGAAGUGUUGAGCUCCCUGAAUGAAUUUCAUGCACACACACACACACACACACACACACAGACACACACACACACACACACACAUAUGCAGCUCCUCGUACCAACAGGAGAUCAGUGUGAGCGUUUAUAAGAAGUGAUUUCAUCCACAUCAUUAAGUGCGUAGAAGACGACACUGGAUGAGAUUUCAAUUGCUUUUGGGCCGCUGGAGUUCAUAAAGUAGGUGCAAAACUGCAAACAUAUUUGCUCUGCUAUUGCUUUUGAAUUUCCCCUUAAUGCUUUAGUUGGAGUUGUUCGUGUUGAGUGAAAACUUAAAACUCACUAAUAUUGAAAACGACACCGAAUUUGUGCUGGGCCUCCUGUCUGUAGGUUAAACAGCACAGCUCUGUGCAUUGCAUUUGGUUUCUAUAUGAUAAUACAGCUAUUCUAAUCUCAUAGGGAUUUAUUAUUACUUUGACAAUUGCUACUUAAUAUUGUUAAUGCACUAAUAGCUAUGUGAUUGUUAUAUAACGGUGUAACUAGUACAAAAUUGCUUUAACGUGGCUUUUAAUUAAAGUGUAAUUAAAAGUUCUCUUUUAUAUUUAGCACACUUAAUCUAAGUCCGUGCAGCACUGAUGUGAAGGCAGUUGUUUGUCACUCAAUGGUAAAUGUUUUAAUUACAUUUUAAUUAUCAUUUGGCCAUUAUUAAAAAAGUGACAUGCAUUUAAUGGCAUCAAGUUAAAGUUAUUAUCCUUAAGAUUUUCAAUUCGAUGUAGUUUUUCAGUGUGCAUAUCCAGCUUUCAAUCCCCUAUAAUCAUGAAAUAUAUUCAUAUUCAUAUACAGGCAGGAAUGAUCUUCAGACAAUGCACUGUUAAAAUGAAAGCAUCAGUUGUCAAUUGUCAAAAAAAAUUAUCAAGUGAUAAUUGAAUGAUAUACAAUAAUGGUGAAAUCAUUUCUACUAAUAAAAAACAAGGGUGACAAAAAUAACAGAUUUGCUUGAGAAGAAAUGUUUCAAAAGAAUAUGUAAUGGUAACACCACAGGCAUGAAAAACUCAACAUUUUAGAUGUUUGUUGUGCUCCAUUUUGCUGUUGCGGUUCCUGUUUGGUUGUUUCUGUUUUUACACCUUUAGAGCAGUUCCACCACUCAUGUCCUUAAGUGUGUGCUGUGUGUGAAUUUGUGUGCGACGCCGCAUUGUUCAUUGCGUUUUGCGUAAAAGCGCAGCAGUUCAAGUCUGGGUCAGGGGGAGUAAAUCUUUUGGGUGGGUGGUGUCUACUCUGAGACCUUCCUCUGACCUUUGUGCAUGAGUGUGUUUGUGUGUGCGACGAUGACAUGUAUGUUGCUGUGGGUCAGUGAAUCUGUGUGUAUGUUUAUGGCCACUGACGAGCAGAGGAGGGUGUGUGUGUGUGUGUGUGUGUGUGUGUGUGUGUGUGUGUGUGUGUGUGUGUGUGUGUGUGUGUGUUAGAGGGGCAGGGAGGGGGGUAGUGCCGGUAGAUUAGCCAGGUUGGGAUGAUUGGGUUGAGGAUUAGAUGGAUUCAGGAACUGAAACGUCUGUUUACUUCGCAAAGAAGACUUAUAAUAGGCUGAUUGGCAAGCUUGAUUACACACACGCACAUUCAGGCUCACCUGCUACCCACACUCAUUCAUUCAGAAGCCCAUAUGUUGAUUAGCUUGUUAUUGUUUCCUUGAUAACACCCGCCAUCUCCUUUCCUAAAUUCAGAUGUAAAGUCUUUCUGCCUCUCCGUCUCAGCUCCCAUUAGGACUGACCCAGAGAGCUUGCAAUCAGAGAAGGUGUGUAACUAAACCCCGGCGUGGGCAGGUAAGGGGAGCUGCACUCAGGCAACUACCUCAAAGGCACAGGGAGCGCUCUGGUUACCCGGCGCUGUGUGUGUAUAUUUGCGCAUUGUUUCUACUUACUUCUCUUUAUGUGUCACAGAAAGAGGUGAAGUGCGGAGCUCAAAAUAAGGUGCAGAGGCAAGCGAAAGGCAGGAUUACACACAUGGCAGGUUAGAGAAAGGCAGUGAGAGAGAAGGAGAGGAUGGGAGGAAAAAGCGACAGAGGGAGGCUUAAGAUUACAGAGGCGAGCACCUUUUGUUGCAGAGUUCAGUUGUGAUGGACGGCUUAUGUUUAGGGAAAGAGUGAAGGUGUCCUUCAGUGCACUACCAUAAAAUCUGUGGGACCACCGAGGAUGUUCUCCUUCACUGAUCAAACUUGUGUCUGACAAACGAGGAACCUGGACUUCAAGGAAGGUGAAGAAGAAGGUCAGAGGAUUUGAUGUGAUUGAUGCAAAGAUAGUUGGCAAAGGAGGGGCAAACACAAAACCCCAGUGUAGUCAGGGGGGCACCGAGUGAUUGAGCCUUCUGGGUGAAUAACAAGUCAUGCAAGAACAGGAGUGAGGCUGGGCGAGAGAGCACCGUUCAACAGGAGAGAGAGGGAGGGCGAGGGAAGGCUGCAGAAGUGGAGAUAAGCAGUUCAGAGCAAAAUUAGUCUACAGAGAAAGAGAGGUUGACACCGGACUGAAGAGAGAUCAAGGUUGACUCAAGUCUUUGCUGCCUCCAACCUGAUUAGGAAGAAUAGUAAAAGUAGUGGAGGCGAGCUGGGAGACCCAAUCAACAGGACGUGAGAGCCAGCUAGAGUAGAAGGAAAAGAGAAAGAAUUACACGAGGACGCUUGGUGAAAGGAGCCUCUUAAAUCUGGGAACUGGAAUUAGAGCCGCAGGAACUGCAGAGGGGAAGCCACAAAACCACAGUGAAGAUGCCCGCUAAUGGGAACCGUCCUUUAAAAUUGCAGUUUGGCCUAAUAAAUCAUGAGGGUCGCUACCUCACUGCUGAGACCUUUGGCUUCAAGGUGAAUGCCUCAGCUCCCAGCCUAAAAAAGAAGCAGAUAUGGACUCUUGAGCAGGACUCCCAAGACACCCAGGUUGUCUAUCUGCGCAGUCACCUGGGACGCUACCUGGCCUCUGACAAGGAUGGCAAAGUCACCUGUGAGGCAGACGGCCACAACUCAGACUGUCGCUUCCUCAUUGUGGCUCAGUCAGACGGCCGCUGGGCCCUGCAGUCUGAGCAGUACCUCCGAUUCUUCGGAGGCUCUCGGGACUACCUGUCCUGCUUCGCCCAGAUAAUCACAGAUGCCGAGCUGUGGGCAGUGCACCUGGCUCUGCAUCCUCAGGCCAACCUGCUGUCUGUGGCCCGAAAGCGUUAUGCCCACCUCUCCAUGGAGGAUGGGGAAAUCGCUGUGGACCUGAACAUUCCCUGGGGAGUGGCAGCACUCCUGACACUUGUCUACCUGGACGGGAAGUACUGCCUAAAGACCUGUGACAGCCGCUUCCUCAGCAAUGACGGAAAGCUGGUGAUGCAGAAUGGGAGGGCCACGGCGUACACCUUGGAGCUGAAGUGUGGGAAGCUGGCCUUCAAAGACUGUGAAGGGAAGUAUUUGUCCCCCAUGGGGCCUACAGGGACCCUGAGGUCUGGACGGUGCUCCAAGCCAGGCAAAGACGAACUGUUUGACCUGGAGGAGAGUCACCCACAGGUGGUUCUGAUAGCAGCCAACGGGCGAUAUGUCUCCAUCAGACAAGGACUGAGCCUCGCAGCCAAUCAGGAAGAUGAGACGGACAUGGAGACGUUUCAGAUGGAGAUUGACAAGGAAACCAAGAAGUGCACGUUCCGCACCAGCCAAGGCAGCUACUGGGCUCUGGUGGCUCAUGGAGGCGUCCAGACUACAGCCACAGAAGUGUCAGCAGACACCAUGUUUUCAGUGGAGUGGCUCGGCCACAAGGUGGCACUAAAAGCCAACAAUGGCAAAUACAUCUGCACUAAGAAGAACGGCCAGUUACUUGCUGUCAGUGACUCCAUAGGUGAGGAUGAGCAGCUCACUUUGAAACUAAUCAACCGACCCAUGUUGAUCCUCAGAGGACUGAAUGGAUUCAUCUGCCACCAUAAGAACUCCAACACGCUGGACGCCAGUAGAUCCGUCUACGACAUCUUCAACUUGCAGUUCAGUAACGGGGCCUACAACAUUAAAGGUGUUGAUGGUCGGUUCUGGUACGUGAACAGCGCUGGGUUGGUGUGUUCGGACGGUGAGGCCCCUGAGGAUUUUAGUCUGGAGCUCCUGGAACAUGGUCGCCUGGCCAUCAGGGGCAAGAACGGGAAAUACCUGCGUGGUGACCAGGGAGGAACCCUGAAGGGAGACGGACUCAGCCUGAGCAGCUCAGCCUUGUGGGAGUAUUAAUACAAACAGAUAUUAGUCCAAACCUAGACUACCUUAUCUCACUGCUGAGGUAAUCUGCCACUAAUCACCACUUUGGCUGUAAUGUAAAGUUAAACUUGAUGAUAUUUCACCCAGAGAGGACUCAAAGACUCAUAUAGGUGAAAGAAGGAGAGGAACUCACCAUGUAAAUUCAGCCAAGAGAAGUCUUGACGAAGUGAACAAAGUUUUUAACGAGUUCUUGAACUCAAAUCUGCAAAAUUAGUGUGAAUGAAUGUUUGAGUUUUUGUGUUAUUACUUGGAGUUUUUUUCCAAUAAUUAAAACUACACAAAUGAAGGCAGAUAGACUUCAGAAUGUGAUGCUUCACACAUCUAAUCACAGCCACACUCCUUCGUGUUUUCAUCCUAGAUGGUCUCAUCUUCGCUGCCUUUCUGCCACUCUAGUGUUGCAUUAGUAACCGCAAGCAAGUAAGUGCUAAUACAGAUGUGUAAAGACUCUUGUCCUUCAUCAAGUGGAAGAAGUACAGUGACUCGAGCUGCCAAUUGAGACACGCAGCUACAUCCACACUUCCUAGAAAGGCUGGGUCAGAUUACUUUGAAAUGUGGUCAGUUACUCGAUACAAACUGCAUCUGCCAGUUCUUGUAAUUACUAAUAGUAGCAGUGCAUUCCAGAAAAAUGCAAGUUUAUGGGAAUACUUUAGAAUCAGUACAAUAUCAAACCACCUCAUACUCAAAAAUAUGGAUGCAGCUGCAUAAAGAUUCCUUUUCCUCGUUAAAUAUGUGAAAACAUUUUCAAAUGAAAUGUAUUUUGCAUUUUCAGCAUGCAAAAACAGAACUGGAACAAACUGCAGGCCUACUGUGUUUUUUCAACAUGUAGGAUGUUUCUUUUUUUAGGCGUGACUUUUUGUUGAAGCCACAUGGAGGACUUUACUUGUGUAAUGCAAGAGGUGCUCUUACUUGUAAUUUUAAUCUUCUGAAUCAAAAGAAAUAAAAAUUCAACAAAGCAUCGAUGAAAAAGUGAAAAAAAUUAUUCAAUAUUUUCAAAACUUGGAACCUGAAAGGAGAUACUAAAUUGCUUUCGAGUACAGGAGAUGGUCUUGGAUUGCGCAUUCAGAAAAAUCAAGUAGUGGCAAUAGAGGAAUGGAAGCUGAUUCUGAGGGAUGGCUGCUGCUGGAAUCCUCCAUAUGGACCCAACAAUGUUCUUUAUCCUCCUCCUCACUUGUCAAAGAAACGCAGAAUGUCAGAUGUACUUUUUAAGAGUUAAUAACAUAGCAUUAGUUAUCAUUUUAAAAAAAUAAUUACCAUAUUCUCAAUAUGUCACAAGAUAUGCUUAACAGUGUAGCUACGAUCUUAAUCAUAGUUUUCAAACGUAAUUUAGGUUUUUUACAGCUGCUUAUUUUUUUGUUUAAUCCUGAUUAUGUGUAAUCCAUUACCGCUCAGCACUGAUGAUGGUGAUGUCACCUUUUGACAGAGUUUAAUUCAUUCAUGAUCCUGCUGUCCGAGGAUGUUUAUUAACAGAAUAGAAAGACGGGGGUCAUUCUCUCACUCUAUGACUAAUGCACACGGCAGCAGAAUUAAAAACAUCUUUCCAGA